CGGGCGCGCGCCUUCGGGCGGCGCCUGCGCAGAGGAACGAGGAAACCGGUUCCCUGGUGCGGUCCCGGCGCCUGCGCGCUGAGGGCUCCGGGCCUCCCGGCCUGAGGGAGAGGAGCCGGGAAGAUGGCGGCUGUGGUAGAAAAUGUAGUGAAGCUCCUUGGGGAGCAGUACUACAAAGAUGCCAUGGAGCAGUGCCACAAUUACAAUGCCCGCCUCUGUGCCGAGCGCAGUGUGCGCCUUCCUUUCUUGGACUCACAGACUGGAGUCGCCCAGAGCAACUGUUACAUCUGGAUGGAAAAGCGACACCGGGGUCCAGGAUUGGCCUCUGGGCAGUUAUACUCCUACCCUGCCCGGCGCUGGCGGAAAAAGCGGCGAGCCCACCCUCCUGAGGAUCCAAGACUUUCUUUCCCAUCUAUUAAACCAGACACAGACCAGACCCUGAAGAAAGAGGGGCUGAUCUCUCAAGACGGCAGUAGUUUAGAGGCUCUAUUGCGCACCGACCCCCUGGAGAAGCGAGGUGCCCCAGAUCCCCGAGUGGAUGAUGACAGCCUGGGCGAGUUUCCUGUGACCAACAGUCGAGCACGGAAGCGGAUCCUAGAACCAGAUGACUUCCUGGAUGACCUGGACGACGAGGACUAUGAAGAAGACACUCCCAAGCGCCGGGGCAAGGGGAAAUCCAAGGGUAAAGGUGUGGGCAGUGCCCGUAAGAAGCUGGACGCUUCCAUCCUGGAGGAUCGGGACAAGCCCUAUGCCUGUGACAAUAGUUUCAAACAAAAGCAUACCUCGAAAGCGCCCCAGAGAGUUUGUGGAAAACGUUACAAGAACCGGCCAGGACUCAGUUACCACUACGCCCACUCCCACUUGGCUGAGGAGGAGGGUGAGGACAAGGAAGACUCGCAGCCACCCACCCCAGUUUCCCAGAGGUCGGAGGAGCAGAAAUGUAAAAGGGUCCCGGACGGACUGGCCCUGCCCAACAAUUACUGCGACUUCUGCCUGGGCGACUCCAAGAUCAACAAGAAGACGGGGCAGCCCGAGGAGCUGGUGUCCUGCUCGGACUGCGGCCGCUCAGGGCACCCGUCCUGCCUGCACACCCCGGUGAUGAUGGCGGCCGUGAAGACCUACCGCUGGCAGUGCAUCGAGUGCAAGUGCUGCAACAUCUGCGGCACCUCCGAGAACGACGACCAGCUGCUCUUCUGUGACGACUGUGACCGUGGCUACCACAUGUACUGUCUCACCCCGUCCAUGUCUGAGCCUCCUGAAGGAAGCUGGAGCUGCCACUUGUGUCUGGACCUGUUGAAGGAGAAAGCUUCCAUCUACCAGAACCAGAACUCCUCUUGAUGUGCCCCCCCCACUCCCCCCAUACAUCUAAGGCUGUUUCUCUCUUCCUCUCUUGUUUUUCAUGCCCACCUUUCCCCUCCUCCUCUUUCACAAGUCCAGAGAACCUUGGGUGGUCGUGCCAAUCUGCCUUUGGCAGCAGCAAGCUGGGGUGGCAGCUCUGACCGCCUCUGGCCCUAGGCCCUCAGGGAGAACGGAGCAGCACACUGCCCCAAGGCAUACCCCUGGCCCAGCUUCUCACUGCUCUCCAUGAAGUGCAUUCACUCUGCCUGCCUUGGGCCCCGGCCCUGGCGAUCACAGGGUUCAAACAGUGUCCUCCGAGAAAGAGUGGGAGAGCAGCUCACUUUUCUCUCAGCUCUGCCUCCACUCUGGUCCCCAGGGUUUACCCUUCCCCUGGAGGCGAGCCAGACCAGGGCCUCUCUGCCAGGAGCAGCUGGGAGUGAGCAACAGAGCAAGCUGAGGCAACGUUUGCAAGGAGCUUUCCAGGCCCUUUGUGCUACUUAGCCUCGCUGCCUCCUUCCCCCGGAGCUGCUCUCUGCAGCCCUCUCUUCCUGCUACCCAGGAUCCUUUGCCCGAGCCAGGAUGCUCUUGGUCACUCUCCUUGCUCUGCCCUGAUCCACUCCACCCCACCCCAGGGGAAGUCGCAGCUUCACCUGAUUCUUCCUUGUGCUCACCUGGCUCACUCACAGGCGGUCUCUUAAUGACCGAAGCAUUCCCCACCCUUGGAAUUUCCUGUUUUCUGCUUCCCCUCCUUAUUCCCUUUGGUUUUGUAGGGAGAGGGGAAGAAUCAGGGGGCCAGGCCAGCAGCUUGGGGGCCACAGGGAAACGUUGGAUAAUGUGCCUGUUUUUUAACUCGAUGAAAAAAGCCUACCUCCGAAAUCCCCUUUUUGUUCUUCCUGGACCUGGACAUUCAGCUCCUGUCCUUGACUGAAUUGGGAGCCUCUGCCUCCUGCUCUGUGUAUCCUGGCCCCGGGGUCACAGGGAAGCCACAUAGACAUCCCUUUCUUCCCUUGCACGCUCGCUAGUAGCUGGUAAGGUCUUCACACCCUGAUUCUUCAGUUUUUUGCCUGGUGACACUGACAUGAAGCAGUGGGGGGAGAUAGUCUGUGCCAGGACCCCCUGCAGUGGUCUUCCCCUUGGCUGUGGGCAGGCCCUAAUUCACUGUCGCUUUGGAGUUGAGGUGUCUUUCUUUCUUUAGUUCCUGUAUUCUAAACAUUAGUACAAAUAAACGUUUUUACACAGAACUCCCUGCUGGACGGUUUAUCUCCUGACUCCCUUUCCUAGUUGAGAAAGUCGUUUCAUCCUAAAACUUUCUUCCUCAGGGCAGUGGUUUUUAAGUAUUGUUGUUUUUUUUUUUCUUAAGUGUUUUGAAAUACAACUUUUAAUUCCAAAUUAAAAUUUUUAUAAAGCCCAGUAUGUAAAGCAGA